UUCCGCGCCGGCCGGCCCCGCGACGCGCCGGCGACUGGCGCAGCCCUUCCCUCGCCCGGCCUCCCCCUCCCUGGUUCCGCGCUCUGGUUCCGCCAUGGAAUCCAACAAGGAUGAAGCCGAGCGCUGUAUCAGCAUCGCCCUCAAGGCCAUCCAGAGCAACCAGGCUGAGCGGGCGCUCCGCUUCCUGGAGAAGGCGCAGCGUCUGUACCCGACGCCGCGAGUUCGCGCUCUGAUCGAGUCCCUCAACCAGAAACCACAGUCUGCCGAUGAUCAACCCAAACCCACAGAUGGAACCCACACAACCCACAGGAAAACAGGCGGGACCGACAUCCCCUCAGCCAACGGCGAGGCUGGAGGGGGAGGAGGAGGAGGAGGAGGAGGAGAGAGCACCAAAGGCUACACCCAAGAGCAGGUGGCAGCUGUAAAAAGGGUCAAGCAGUGUAAAGAUUACUAUGAGAUCCUGGGGGUGAGCAGAGGCGCUUCAGAUGAGGACCUGAAGAAGGCCUACCGCAAACUGGCCCUCAAGUUCCACCCAGACAAGAACCAUGCGCCUGGUGCCACUGAAGCCUUCAAAGCCAUCGGCACAGCAUAUGCAGUACUUAGCAACCCAGAGAAAAGGAAACAAUACGACCAGUUUGGUGAUGACAAGAACCAGGCUGCCCGACACGGCCACAGCCAUGGGGACUUCCACCGAGGUUUUGAGGCAGACAUCUCCCCUGAAGACCUUUUCAACAUGUUCUUUGGUGGUGGCUUUCCUUCCAGUAACGUCCAUGUCUACAGCAAUGGCCGCAUGCGCUACACCUACCAGCAGAGGCAGGACCGCAGAGAGAACCAGGGUGACGGCGGGCUAGGGGUGUUUGUCCAGCUGAUGCCCAUCCUCAUCCUCAUCCUCGUGUCAGCUCUCAGCCAGCUCAUGGUGUCCAGUCCACCCUACAGUCUCAGCCCACGACCGUCAGUGGGCCACAUCCACAAGCGAGUCACUGACCACCUGAACGUCAUCUACUACGUGGCAGACACCUUCUCUGAGGAGUACACAGGCUCCAGCCUCAAAACAGUUGAACGGAACGUGGAAGACGAUUACAUCGCCAACCUCCGAAACAACUGCUGGAAGGAAAAGCAGCAAAAAGAAGGCUUGCUGUACCGGGCUCGAUACUUUGGUGACACAGACAUGUACCACAGAGCACAGAAGAUGGGCACUCCGAGCUGCAGCCGGCUGUCAGAGGUGCAGGCCUCCCUGCAUGGAUAGUCCUGGGCCAGCCACACCACCCAGGUCCAAACUAUGAAAUCCCUGGAGAAUUUUUGGUGACACACACUGAGCCAAGGUGAUGGACUGUAUAUUUAAGGAAAGACAAAGAAAAAUUAAAAUGGAACUGGGGGCCAGAUGCCACACAGCUGCCCUCUCUCACCCAGUAAAUGCAGAAAGCUCUUAGGACAGACAGAAAGCCUGCCACAAGGCUGCUUCCCUCCCUCCCAGGGCUGGCAGAGGCUCCACAUCGCUCGCUCCUAGGAUACAGAAACCAUGGCAACGAAAGUAGAAUGUAAAACUUGCAGCUAACGUCUGUGGGAAGGGCUGGGGGAGGGGGCACCCCACUGCCUCUCCUCCCACACCCUGGAGCUACCACCAGUCACCUCAGGAGAAGCCAGGCAGAAGUGUGGGCCAAGGAUAGACAGGAGAGAGAACUUCCAUAGAAUGUAACCGGAAUGCGUGUGUAUGUAUAUAUAUCUAUUUAUAUGUAAAUAGGCACAUAUAAAGAUAUAUAUAUAUAUAUAAAAUCUUUUUAAACUAUGCAGGGAUUGGGUUAAGUUGUUCAGCUGAUUUCUUCCAUAUUUUAGAAAAUGAGGUCUGUUUGGAGAAGACAGCCUAGUUCUUCAAAAGCUAGACAUUAGCCAUGGCUGACAGCAUAAGGAAAGUCUAGUCACAUACUUCUAGCCCCUUUAAUCCCAGCCUGGCUUUGAUGGCAGCAGUAAUCAUGGUGGUAUAAAUCCAUAGGAAACGUCUGAAGGUCCCCAGAAUUACAGCUGGUGGAGGGGAGCAAGCUGGGGGUCAGAGAAAGGUACCUCGGAGGUAGGUAGCAAGUCAGUAUUGAGCCAUGGUAGAGACCCCAGAGAAGGCCUGCUGGGGUGAGGCCAGCUCCUCACACUGCCUCCUCCUUGCCCAGCUCUGUCCUGGUGCCCAGGAACCCUGCAUCCAGUCCCCUGCCCACAGUAUGGCAGGGCCAAGAGACUGGCCAGGCCUGGCCUAAUCACUUCCCCACCCAAGUCCCCCAAGUGGGUUUGCCUUACAGGUGCCACAGGGCACAGCUCCACCAUUGCCACUGGUUGUUUUCUAAGUUGUGCACCAAGGACUCCAGAAGGCUCAUCCUCCACGAGUUGGCCCAGGACCCCAAGGUGCAGCUCAGCUUGUGAAGAAAAGCCAGUGCCUCUGGGUGUCUGUCUUCACCCUCCACAGCAGAACUUCACCUGGCCUCGUGCUCCCUGGACGAAGGAUCCACCCGAACCACAAUGGCUUUCUUAUCAUCCCCUCAAAUGAGGGUUUUUCUCAAAACAGCAGUUGCUGCCAGGGGAAGAAGGGUUUUAUUUAUUACCACAUUUAUACCGGGCCUUUGGGAACUGCCGUUUUUCCGUUUUCUGUGGUGGAUGACCCGCCGGCCUCCAAGGCCUUCCUCCCUUGGUCUGCCCGCCCCGGGUGGUAACAGUCCUCCCAGGUUUUCUCUUUUUUUUUAAUUUAUUUUAUUUUUACAAUCCCCCAACAAAUAGGAUUCUUGCUGGGAAAGGAAGUUUAGUAAGGAAAUGUCGAAUCUGGUUUUUAAACAAGGUCGAGACCUACAAUGAAGUGGCCACUCUGGCCCAGAGAGAGAAUGAAUGCUGGGCAGGCCAGUGUGCUCCACCCACUGGGGCCCUGGGGCUCUGCCUCCCACCACCCCUACUGUCUUGGUAACUGUCCCUAGACGGGCUGAGCCAUGUGCAAUAAGAACAUCGAUCCUACAGGAUCCCCUGAGAAGCUGUAUUUCUUGAAUUAGAAUUCUGAAAUUGUACAUCUAUAAAUAUAUGUUUAUUAUGUGAUUGGCAA